AAAUGGUUAAAAUUGAUUGGGAAGAACAUGACUUGGAUGUGUUACAAAAAAAAAAAGAGCAUUUUACGAAGUCUGAAUCGAUCAUGUAGUUCUAACGAUAAUAAUGUGGUAAGUUGCAAUUUGCAAAAUACAAAGAAAAAGAUGUCAAACCACUUGUGCGUUAAUAAUUUGGAACACUAUAAGGGAGAAGACAUAAAAUGGAGUGCCAAAUAGGAGUACCACUACCAUGUAUGUUUCUGCAUUAAUACUGUGCCCAUACUCACAUUUAAUUAGGAGUAUGCUGAUUUUGCGCAUGAAUUAUCAAACGUGACAGAACGGUAUAGAAACAUGUUAGAAAAGCACGAAGCCUGAAAAACUGCAAAAGUUUACAAAAAAAACUGAUAACUACAAUUCUUGGCAUUUAUUGUCCUUUAUUUUUGUAAAUAGGUCUUAGAUAAGUAAUAAUUUUCUUUUCUUUUUGACGAAGAUAUGUUCGCUGAAUUGUUGUGCUAAUGCCGUCGUUCAUGAUCGUCUUUCAUGCAUAUGGAGUAACUGAACAUGACACUGAUUCAAAAAAAAAAAAUUGCUUACGAAGUUUUAGAAUAAUAGUUUUUUACUACAUUAAGUACACUUUAAUAAAAAAGGAACACAGUCUACAAAUAGUUUGAGAUGACAUUGUCUAUUAUCAUCUAACCUUUAUUCUGCAUAAUUGAUUUAUCAAAAAUAAUUAUAAUUUAUUGCCUCUAUAUUUGGAUUUGGCGAUGAUAAACCCAUGCCCUAAACUUACAACGGACCAGUAAGCGGUCACAAAUCUAUCGGAAAAUUUCGUCCCUAUAGCAGAAUGUUUGGGUUUCCUCUUUAUUUAUUAUUGUAUUCAAUGAUAACUGGUCGGUUUACUGUUACCAUAAAUGUGUCCACAGGCUCACUUAAUGAGGGGUGAUGCUUAUGAAUCUUCAAAUCAAAGACAUAAUGAAGAACCUUUUUCAUAGUGAAACGAGAUAAAGAUCGAGGAACAUGCAUGAUUUCCACAUAAUUACCUAAUUAUUUUUCAGCUAAAGUAUUUCUUUUAAUAUGUAACAUGCUUCCUUUAUUUUUAGUGCACCGUAGCUUGUAUAUAAAAUUUUAUCCACACAAAUUCCUUUUGCUCCUUUUAUCAAACGUCGCUAUUUGUAUCAGUCUACCUAUUUGCUUUCAUAUUGUAUCUCCCGCAGACAAACAAAAACUUUUUUUUUGACAAAGAUAGAACAUGAAGAUCAAGAGUUUGAUGUUGGCUUCCUCUUUUCUGAUUCUUGCCUUCAUUCAUCACUCAGAAUCAGCUUCAUUUCGGAGUUUGCUGAUGAAGAAUGUAUUGUACGAACAAGAAGAAGCAAAAAUUCUAUUGGGCGACUCCAAAGAAACGAUAACUAAUUCUACAGCUUUGGAGUCUAAACGGAUAAUUCCGACGGGUCCAAAUCCACUUCACAACAGGUAAAUUUGAUCAUUUAAGAACAAGAUAUGUUGUGAGUAUGUCUCUUCCUCCUCUGUUUUUGUUACAAGUAUCUAUCUUACUGUGUAAUGUAAUGGUGAAUGUAUAAGACAUUUUCUAAUUAAAUUACCUUAUUUAUUCCUAAUAAGUGCCUUUCACACAUCUUUGUUUGUUGUUUCAAAUUAAUUAAGGAAAUCAUAUGAUACCUUACCGCAACCAAAAAUAAUAUAUGGUUGCUAAGUAAACGAAGGAAUUUGUAAAUUCAGGUUUGGAGACGAAGAUGAGGAAAUUGACUCUUACUUGUUCAUAUUUAUAAGUGCCUUUUUUUUCCUUCUCAUUGUUGUGUUUUCAGUGUAGAUUUUGUAACCUUAAUUAAUUAAACGAUAUACCUUUUUAAAGUAAUUAAGGUUAGUUCGAUAUCUAAAACGAUUCUAUAUUAUAACAAGAAAAAAUCAUGUGAUAUGAAAUGGAGGAAAUAUACUGCAUGGCUGGUAUUUGGAUCAUAGUACGAGAUCAUGUUGAACCAUAUAUAUUACAUUACUAGUAUUUGAAUGCAUAUACAUGGUUGUGAACUCAAAUAGGAUAAUAUAAUAUAUAGGAGGAAAGUAAUAUUUUAAUCGUCUGAAUUUGUAUUCUGUAUAGACUGUUGGAUAUUUUUGGGCAGAACUUUCGCAGAUAUAAUUAAAUACACAUGUCAGAAGAAAUUCACUUAAUAGUUAAUACUAGUGUCUCCCAACUCCCACCUUGUCCACCCCUCUCUGUUACGAAUAUUGGAUUAAGAAAAUUUUGAGUGUUUUGUGACUUUUGUCUCUAACAACGUUCUCUAGAUAUUUUUCACCUUCUAGUUAUCUCAUUGUCCAAGAAACCCUAAUGUGUUUUGUCUAACACGGAUUUGUUUUUAAUCCUUUAUAUGAAUGUUUACUAGUUACCACCCAUAGAUCAUACUCGUCAUUAAUUAUCUGGUAAUCUAGAGACAUUUUUAUUUAACAAAACAGUGACUCCUUUAUCCUUUUCCAACAUUCGUAAUUAGUGUUCCUCUAUCCAACUCUCAUUUUGCGGAUGAAGAGGAGGAGCUUAUUAAAGCAACUCAUUUAAGCAACUCAACAGAUUAUCAGAAACCGUCUUGCUUAUCUUGAAGAGCACCGUUAGGCCUUUUCUACUGCACUGUCUAGAAAAAUGCUCAGAGAAAGGAUUAGACAUAAGCUUUAUCAGCUGCCUUGUUAUCUUCUUUCUCGGCAAAGAUCUUCUUAUAAUGUUUUUUGCUUCAGAUUCUCUUAUCGUUUUUGUUUCGGUCAGACAAAUGUCUUCUCCUUCUGUCCAUCCUCUCGAAGUUUAGUGCUCAACACUCCUAUUUUACCUUCUUUAUGAAU